ACCGGCGGACGGAGCGAGCCCCCGGCCAUGGCCCCGGCGGCCCGGCUGGCGUUGCUGGCCGCCGCCCUGCUCUGCGCCCCGGUAAGGGGUGACGGGGACCCUCCGGAUCCCGUGUUCCUGCCAGCGGAGCUGGAAGUCCUUGGGGUGCCYGAGUCCUACCGGCUGCAGCGAGUGGACCAGGACGUGCCCCCCAACUCUUCCCUGCACACCCGCUCUGAGACGUUCCUGCUGCUCCGUGCYGGAUCCCGACCCCUGGUCCAGGCCACCUACCCCCCGUUCAGCACCCGCCAGGAGGUGCCCGUGGAGAGUCCCCCCGGCUCGGCAGCCUGGGCCGUCCGUGCCGUGUCUCUGGAGAGCUCCGUGUCCCCCGCCGAGCCCGUGGCUCGUGUCCUCUUCCAUCUGCAAGGGCCCGACUGGAUGCCUGGGAAGCAGGAUCAUGCCAGGGUUCAGGAUCAUCCCAAGGACUGGGACCACCCUAGGGUCCGGGAUCACCCUAGGAAGGGGGAUCACCCUGAAGAUCAUGACCAUCCCAGGGACCAGGACCACCCUGAACAGUGGGACCACCAUGGAGUUCAGGAUCACCCCAAAGGCCGGCACCACACUGGGAUCCAYGACCACCCCAAGAACUGGGACCACCCCAAGGACCGGGACCACCCUGUGCAUCAGAGCCACCCUGGGAACUGGAAUGCUGCAGGGGACUGGGAUCACUCCGGAGCUCGGGAUCUCCCCUGUGUCACCCUCCACGCCCACCACCRCGGGCGGGUGGCCCGGGGCACGUGUCACCUGCAGGCCCCGCUGGGUGUGUGCGUGGUGGAGCUGGAGAUCCCCCCGCGCUGGUUCUCCCUGGGAUCCCUGCAUUCCCACCGGAGCCGCCGGCGGGAUUCCGACCCCUCGGAGGCUCCGGAGCGCUCAGAACCAGCCGAGCUGCGCUACAGCGUGGGGGAGUGCGGGGGCCGGGAGCGGGAGGCUCCCAGGGUACUGGGAAUGCUGGAGCUGCGGGCAGGAGAGCCGGAGCGGCGACAGGAGGUGCGGCUGGAUGAGAAGGUGCUGCUGCGUGUCCCCAAUGUCCCCCUGCGGCCCGGGCAGCGCUUCACGGCCACCAUCGCCCUGCACCACAACUUCACCGCUGACAGCCUGACCCUGCGGAUCAAGGCCAAGAAGGGGCUGCAGGUGCUCUCUGCCCGCCCCRUGAUUCCUGGCACCUGGAGCGUGCACCUGGAGCGUUCCCGUGGUCCCAAGCACUCCACAGCCGUGGUGACCUGCCGGCGACUCAGGGACAUCCCUGCCAUCCCUGACAGCUCCAGGSUGUCUGAGCCGGCCGCGUUCCUGCACCUGGAUGUGGCUGUGGAAAACGGGACGGGGGGGCUGGCACCGGCACGGCCCCUCACGUGGCAGGUGGAGUAUCCCGGCCAGGAUCCCGAGGCGCAGAAGGACAAACUGGUUUGGGAAAUCCAGGUGUCGGAGCGGGAUGUCCGUGCCCUCGUCCCGCUGGUGCAGGAGCUGGAGAUCCUGAACACAGCGCCGCUGACUGGGAUCCCCCGCCUUAUCCCGGUGAAACUGGUGACUGUGGAAGCGGGGGGUGGAGUGUCCGAGCUCACGGAUCCCGUGGGAUGUGAAUCCGCUGACAAGCAGGUGCUGCAGGUGUCGGAUUCCUGUGACCUGGUGUUCGUGGGGGGCAAGGAGAGCCGGGGGGCGCGGGGGGCCCGUGUGGAUUUCUGGGCGCGCCGGCUGCGGGCGGAGCUGAGCUUCUCCGUGUGGGCUCCGCUGCUCCCGCUCCGUGUCCAGCUGGGAGAUCCUGUCCUGGAGCAGCUCCGCGGCUGGAGGCUGCCCGGCGGUCCUGACAGUGCCGUGGCAGAGUCUGAGGACCCUGCAGAGGAGCUGGAGCGGCGGGCACGGAGCUGCCGGCCCCAGUUCCAGCGCACGGGGCUCCGUGUCCUGGCGCACUUCGUGGCCCACCCCCUGGAUGGUGGCCGGCACCUGUCCUACCUGCCUGGCCCCGAGUGGCUCCUGGAUGUCACCCACCUGGUGGCCGCCCAGACYCGUGUCCAGGACCCGCGYGUGGCCUCGCUGGAAGCRGGGGCYGUGGUGGUGGGUCGGGAGCCKGGAGUCACCUCYGUGGAGGUGCGCUCCCCGCUCUCCGACUCCAUCCUGGGGGAGCAGACGCUGGUGGUGUCCGAGGAGAAGGUGACAGUGACRGAGCUCCGUGCCCAGGUGGUGGCUGGGCUCUCCUUAUCCCUCCGGACACAGCUGGAUCACCCCAGCGUGGUCACCGUCACCGCCCUGGGGACACCCACCCUACGGGCCCUCAAGCAGGAAGCCACGCUGUCCGUCUGGUUGUCCUUUUCCGACCGCACGCUGGCCCCGCUGGAGCUCUACGGGUGGCACGACGUGUCCCUGACCGUGACAUCCCUGGACCGCGCCAUCGCCACCGUGGGCGGGUCCCCCGGGGUCCCUGCUGCGCACCCGUGGGUGGUGGCCGAGGGGCCGGGCCGAGGGGCUCUGCUCCAGCUCAGCCUGCACCCCCCGGAUCUGUGCCGUCGUGGCCGGCACCGUGCGGCCGCUCUGGCCACCGGCACCGCCUGGMUCGAGGUGGAUGUCCCCUCUCCGGGGAGCCCCCGGCCCUUCCCGCGGGCCGAGGGUGCCAUGUCCGGGGAAGCAGUGACCGUGGGACGCAGGGACCCCGCCGGCGUGAGGCCGGCAGCCACCAAGCUCCAGGGGUCUUCCUCGGAGGAAGAUGAGGAGGAAGGAUAUGGUCGCAACCGUGCCGGUAUGGAAGAGGAGGAGGAGGAAGAGGAGGAGAUAGUGAAGGCUCCGGAGCGGGUGACUGACCUGGAAAUCGGCAUGUACGUUCUCCUGGGAGUCUUCUGCCUCGCCAUCUUCAUCUUCCUCGUAAACUGCAUCUUCUUCGUGCUCCGGUACCAGCAGAAGGAGCUGCCCGAGCCGGCCGGGGCCCCCUCGGCCCCCCAACCCCACAACUGGGUCUGGCUGGGCACCGACCAGGAGGAGCUGAGCCGGCAGCUGGAUCGGCAGCAGCUGGAUCGGCAGCAGCUGGAUCGGCCACAGCUGGAUCGGCCACAGCUGGAUCGGCGGCAGCCAGAACCGCCGGCAUCCCCGGGCCCCCCCUGCGGCUGUGGGGGUCCCCCGGGCUCCGGUGAGGAGGGGGCUCCCCCCGGCUCCCCGGCCCCCGGAGCGCCCCUGCCCCGCAAGGAGGGAUCGGCUCCGGGGGGCGGCCGCAGGAAGCGGGUGGAGUUUGUCACCUUCGGUCCCCCCCGCGCCCCCGAGGAGCCCCCCCCGCCUGCCCCCCACGUCCAGUCCAUCCUGGUGGCCAGCGAGGAUGACAUCCGCUGGGUGUGCGAGGACAUGGGGCUGCGGGAUCCCGAGGAGCUCCGGAGCUACAUGGAGAGGAUCCGUGGCAGCUCCUGACCCCAGGAGGGUGACUCCCGGACCCYCCCAGUUCCCGGGCAAACCAGUAAGGGCCUGACCUCCUCCCCGUGCUGCGCUGGGGGGAAACCGAACCCCCCUGCCCACUUCUGGCUUUCUGGGACCACCCCAAGGUGCCCACAGAGGGUGAGGGGGGGGUCUCCCAGCCCCGUCCUUGGGGCGGCUGGAUCCUGGUGGCACCAGGGAGGAGGAAUUUGGGGUUCUCUUACUGCUUUGGGUCUCAUUACGACAUGGUGUUCAUAGUGGUGAUGAUGAUGAUGGUGGUGAUGAUUCCUGUGGUCUGAUCCCGGGGAGGAUCCCAUAUCCCCCCCACCUUCACCCCGGCCACGCAUCUGUUUUGUACACAUUUUUUACCAGGAAAGUCCGGGAAGGGGCUACCAGGGGCUGGUAUUUAUGGAAAAUUUUUAAUUCUGACGUUGUUACAAAAAUAAAGUAUUUAA